UGACGAUCGAGAAUGGCAUUCUGGGUAGUUUUUCCUACUCGCCAAAAAACAUGGCGGCGAGGAAAGAAGAGAAGAAGAACCUUCCAUGGGGUUUAUCCUCGGAUGGCUUGGCCCCAGGAUCAAUGAAGACGAUCACAGAGAGCAAGUUGAAAGCAUUUUCAGUUGGAAUGAUGAAUGCACAAAACAAGAAAGUCAGUAAAGCCAAGCAAGAAGUCGAGGAAAGAAAGAAGAGAGAUGAAGAGAAGUGUGCAGAGGUAUUUGCAGAUUUUGUCGCUUCCUUUGAUGACUCCAGAGUUCAUGGGAAGACUUUUGUGCGGGGAUCCACUAUCAACCCAGAUACCAAAGAAGAGACAAUUUCAGAAGACUCUGGUAGACUGUACAAACCAAUGGCAAAGCUCAGCGCAUCACUCAUAGAAGAAAAACUCAAAGCUGAACUAUCACCAAAACCUGAUUUGAAAAAAAAGAUGAAAGAAAAAGAAAAGAAGAAAAGUAAUCUGGAGUUGUUUAAAGAGGAGUUAAAGAGGAACCAAGAAGAGAGAGAGCUGCGGCAUAAGCUAAAAAAAGGCGAGAUGACAGAUAUACCCAAAGAGGUGCUUGAAGCACUCCCUUCAUCGUUCCUGCUUGCACAGCCAAAAGAUGAUGCUUUUGGUUUUGGUUCACAUGACACUGGAGAUCCGAACACUACAAAUCUUUACAUUGGUAACAUAAGUCCUAAGAUGAAUGAGGAGAUGCUGAUGCGAUUGUUUGGCAAGUAUGGCCCCCUGGCGAGUGUCAAAAUCAUGUGGCCUAGAACAGAGGAAGAGAAGUCAAGAAAUAGGAAUUGUGGAUUUGUCGCAUACAUGCGGAGAAAAGAUGGGGAUAAGGCAAUCAAGCAUUUGACUGGUAAAGACAUCAUGGGCUUUGAAAUGAAACUUGGCUGGGGCAAAGCUGUCCCCCUGCCCCCACACCCGAUUUAUGUCCCCCCUGACAUGGAAGAGGACAACACACCUCCACCACCAUCUGGAUUACCGUUCAAUGCACAGCCGGACAAUAACACACCCAGCUCCGAGAACAGCGAGAAUCUAGAUCCAAAUGGGUUUGAUCGAGAGACCUUAGCCAACGCGGUCGUGAAAGUUGUAAUCCCGAAAGAAAGGGGUGUAUUGAGCAUGAUUCACCGCGUUGUCGAGUUUGUUGUGCGCGAAGGACCCAUGUUUGAAGCUAUGAUAAUGAACAGAGAAAUCAACAACCCCAAAAUGAGAUUCCUGUUUGAUAACCAAAGCCAUGAGCACACUUACUACCGCUGGAGGCUCUACUCGAUUUUACAGGGUGACUCCCCUACCAAGUGGUGCACAGAGAAGUUCCGCAUGUUUGAGGGUGGCUCCUGGUGGAAGCCACCACCCUGCAGCCAGUACCAACCAACCAUCUUACCCCCAGCAGCCGUGCAGCCUGUCGCCCCUGUAGUCGAAGAGCCACCCAAAGCACCAACACCAUCCAGGCGCCACCAUGAAUCAUCCUCAUCGUCAUCAUCAAGAGAUAAAAAGGGUGGAUUAUCCUCAAGACAACGUGACAAGCUAGAAGACAUGUUACGAAAUCUGACUGUAGACCGGGCUAAGAUAGCAGAUGCCAUGGUUUGGUGCUUGGAACAUGCCGACUGUGCUGAUGAGAUUUCUGAGUGCAUAGCAGAGUCUCUUUCUCUCCUGGAGACCCCUCCUCAAGUAAAGAUUGCAAGACUGUUCCUGCUGUCUGAUAUCUUGCACAACUGCUCUGUUAAAAUCCCCAAUGUCUCUUACUUCAGAAAGUGUUUCCAAGCAAGGCUAGUUCAGGUCUUCACACAUAUGAAUGCUACCUUCAAGGCCAUUAAUGCUAGAAUCAAGGCAGAACAGCUUAGAAAACAAGUGACACGCUGCUUGUCAGCCUGGAUGGACUGGGCUAUUUACCAGCCAGACUUUCUGGUCAACUUGCAGAAUAUCUUUCUUGGCCAGCAAGAAAGUCUGGCCACCACAUUCAAGACACUCAUGGGAGACUCAGGAGUGGAUGCAGCAAUUGCGGAUGUAGAUGGACUUCCUCUCAAUCUGGAUGGGGUGCCACUCCAGCCUGAGGUGAUUGACGGUGUUCCUCUGAAGGAGGCGGCAUUGGAUGGGGUCCCUUUGAGCCAGGAGCACCUUGACGGUUUGCCAUUGGACAUCAAAAAGCAGGAAUCCAGCAAAAAGGAUGUCGUCCAUAUCGCCUCCAAGUGGGAUAAGCCCGACUGGGAACACACGGAGGAGUACAGAGAAAAAUCACCAGAACAACAUGAAAGAACUCGAGAUCCAACUCCGCCGAAGCAAGAAGAGCCUGUUGCUCAGCAAGACAAGUCACGUGUGACAGAAAUCGACGAGACCCGGCGCAAAAAGCUCCGGGAGAUCGAGCUCAAAGUGGCGGAGUUUGCCCAGAAACUGGAAGCGAAAGGAAGCAAGAAGGGCGAGAGUAUCGCUGUACAGUGUGACCAAUACCGUGCUAAACUACUAGAGGCUAUCGAGCCAAAGCAAAAGAAGAAGAAAAAUCGAAGUCGCUCAUCCUCGCCAUCCGAGAGAAGCCGAAGAAGACGGCGUGACCGGUCCGCUAGCCGGUCUGUGUCACGCUCUCCCUCACCAGGCAGAACAUCGAUGUCUUCGUCACAAGUACUCCAGUCGCUGAAGAGCUACGACUCGCGCAGUCCGUCGCCCUCGAGUAGCACGUCACGCCAGCGCCGGUCACGGUCACGAUCGCUUAGCUCUUCGAGAAGCCGUAGGCGCUCACGAUCACGAUCCCGAAGCCGCUCGCGGUCUCCGAGCGGCAAGCGAAAGCGCCGAUCGAGAUCUCGAUCGCGUAGUUCGUCCCCGAGAAAAAGCACGCGAAAGAGACGUUCCAGGUCUCGAUCCCGAUCACCAUCCAAGAAAAAGAGCAAGAAGAAAAAGAAAUAGCUGAUAGUCUCUGCUCUGAUCGAUUAUGCUUAAAAUACCACGCAGCUCGACCGCGCAUGAGGCGGGCCAUGAGACCGAGGCUGUUUAGCUAACACUUUAUUUGUCGGCUCGGUUUGGAGUUGCUCGGCCUAGGCAAUGCGUGGUGUGUUGACAGCUUUUGUAUUGACAUGCGCAUGUCCUUUGACCCUCGGAUGCGUAGAGACUUAUGCAAGACGAGAACCUACAAAAAUGUAUUGUAUAGGAAAACAAAAGAUCAAAUCUUCAAAAAAUUCAAAUAAAGCAACAUCAUUUUAAA